GAAAGCUAAAUUAAGGAUGAUCAAGGGUAGAUAACAAAAUAUACCUCCCUAUUGAUUUAUAACAUACAUGUAUAUUUGAUAGUCAUGUGUGUUGUGACGUAUCUAUUUUUAUUUUCCGGCUUCUUGUUACCUGUGACUCUGAGACUUGUGACCAUUUAAAUUUCGCUUUAGAGAUUAAGACAACCCAGUUUUUGUCUACAAAUCUAGACAUUGAAAUGUCAACCAAAGAUUAUCAGAUGGGUGACCAAAGAAAUAUGCAGGAUUCUUCCGAAGAUGGGAUCGGCUGCUGUGGGUGCAUAUUGAUGGGACUAUCCUACUUUCUUGUUAUCUUGUUUUUCCCAGUCUCUCUAUGUAUGACAAUAAAGAUUGUUACUGAGUAUGAACGAGCUGUCAUCUUUCGAUUGGGUCGAGUACUACCGGGAGGGGCGAAAGGACCUGGAAUGUUUUUCAUAUUACCAUGUCUUGAUGAGUUCAAAAAGAUCGACCUUCGUACAGUGUCAUAUGAUGUCCCACCACAAGAGAUUUUGACAAAAGAUUCUGUGACAGUUGCUGUAGAUGCUGUGAUUUACAGCCGUGUGUUUGACCCCACAAUGUCCGUGUGUAAUGUAGAAAAUGCUGAUUCGUCUACACGAUUGUUGGCAGCGACAACCUUGAGAAAUGUCCUUGGAACUAAAAACAUGUCGGAACUACUGACUGAAAGGGAUUCUAUUGCUCAUCAAAUGCAGGCAAUCUUAGAUGAAUCUACAGAUCCAUGGGGAAUCAAGGUAGAAAGAGUUGAAAUUAAAGAUGUCAGACUUCCGGUACAACUCCAGAGAGCAAUGGCUGCUGAAGCAGAAGCUUCUAGAGAAGCACGUGCUAAGGUAAUAGCAGCUGAAGGAGAACAGCGUGCCUCACGUGCACUGAAGGAAGCAGCCGACAUCAUGGCCCAAUCGCCAGCCGCCAUUCAGCUCCGUUAUUUGCAAACAUUGCAAAGCAUUGCAGCAGAGAGGAAUUCCACCAUUAUUUUCCCAUUACCAAUGGAUUUGUUGAGUGGAUUUGGCAAAAAAUAAAACUGGUGUUUUUAUGUUUUUAAAUCCAUUGUUGUUUGUACAACGUAAAUGAAAGACUAUGCUUGAAAAUGGCAUAUAUCAAAACAAUAUAACUUUAUAUAUAUAACAAAAUAUGCAUGGUCUUGUGAUAUCAUGAAUAUGCCUUAAUUACAAGAUUAAGAACGAAAACGAGAUUCUUAGUGUUGAAUAGGUGAACAGUGACCUAUAGUUGCUUAAUUCCUCGUUUAUUGGUCUCUGUUGGAUAGUUGUCUCAUUGGCAAAAAUAUCACAUCUCCCUAUUUAUAUUGUUGCGUACAAAAGCAAAACAAUAUUUAUUAUUAAUUAUAUAAUACAUGUUUCAGUUUCAAGAAAAAUAUCUGUUAUUUAAUUCGUCAAAAAAAAAACAUGAGUACAAUGGUUAAAUAAAAUUGAAAUUUGACCUGCCCAUACUUUAUUGGACGAAACUAAUAAGGAAUAUGUAUUUCUAUUUUUUUUAGUUAUGUAAAAACCAAUAACACGGAAAAAAAAUAUAUGGUAUGUCUUUUUUAUUUGUUGUACUAUAUUGCUGAAACUAAAUAUUUUUUUUUUAAAUUUCAUGUCGAUCUAUCAACAAUAAUACUUAUUUUCUGGAAACAUGCCACUUUGUACAAGUGAAAUGGUAGCUACCUGAUUUUCAAAGCAAUAUAAAGACUGAUAACAACUAGAAUAUGGUUAUUAGUCUCUAAAUUGUUGUGUUUUAUUUUGUGACUGUAUCACAUCUUUGUUUCUGUAUCACAUUUUUUAACUAAGUCUCUGUAAAUAUUCAUUUAGUUUCAAAUAAUAUAUAAACUUAUCAUUCAGACGUGCUUCUUGGAUAGGGGAAACCUACCAGUAAACAGUAAACAGCUGGGUUUUAGGGGUACUGCAUAAUUCAGUUUUACUGCAAACAUGCUAUGCAUCAAUGGUAUAUAUUUAUAUAUGUAUUUAAAAGCUUGCCUAUUUUUAAUGUUACACGUUAAGCAUGUUGAUAAAGUGAUGCAAAAACAUAUUCCAUGUUUUUUUUCUUUACUUAUUUGAAUACUAUAUUAUUCUUAAUUUCAUAAUAAAUUUGAAUUAUGAGGGUUUCUGCCCCAAAUAUUAAAAGUGUUAAUAAUUCAUCUGGUAGAAACCGGCUAUACAUCAAGGGUAAAUAGGUCUAUAAAUACGUAUUUAAAAACUUGCCUUUUUUUAAUGUUACACGUUAAGCAUGUUGAUUAAGAGUUGCAAACACAUAUUCCAUGUUGUUUUUUUAUUUACUUGUUGUUUGUAUACUAUAUUAUUCUUAAUUUCAUAAUAAAUUUAAAUUAUGAAGUUCCUGUCCCAAAUAUUCAAAGUUUUUAAUAUAUUCUAUUUUUACUAUAUUGUUAUUUGUACUAUAUAAUAUUGUAAAGGAAAAAAAUCAAUAAAAAAUAAUUUAUGUA